ACUAUCUACAGGAAGUAUGAAAGGUGAAAUGAAAAUGAAAGCGGAAACCCCUGUAGAAGAAACGAAAGUUGAAAGUCGCACAAGCGAGUAUUGUUUCCAUGAUUUUGUCUCAUCGAAUUGGUACACUAUGGCAACUCCUAAAAGCAAGGACUCAAAAGAGGCCCUAAGUCAAAGUAGCACUUCAGGGUCCUCAAGCCUUAUCAGCCCCUUUUCUUCACCUGUUGCACAAGUGAAGCAUCACGGAGCAGGGAACCUGACUGGUGACCUCAGGAAAGUCAAGGACACUGCUGCAGAUUUUCACAACCUGACAAUGAAAUGGAAUGCUUUGAACUCGCAAGGGAUGGACAUCGUUACAAGAAUUGCGAACAUCAAAAUUGAAAAAGUGUUCAACGUACAAGACUUGAGUGAAGACAGCCAACAGACACAGCAGCUUCCGCCAGAGCUGAACCCAUUAUGUGACUUGCUGAGUGGUGUUGUGGAUGCCAUGGAGAAAAUAGAAGUGAAACUGAGAAGCAAAGUGGAAAUGAUGGAGGGCCUCAUUGCGCUGAAACAGUUUCAGAAGCUCAAGUCAGAGUCGGAGAGUCCUGUGCUCUUUGUGACCAUGACGUUGCAAGAUGUUGCUUGCACAGUACGAAGCGUCUACGAGAUGUACAGCAAAGAGCUCCACUUCAAGAGACAGCUGUGCGGUCAGAUCGCUCAUGCGGGGACCAGAGACACCAUGAUGUUUUAUUCUGUCAGUUGGAUGCACCAACCCUACAUCGACUGUGUGGCCCAAGAUUUUCUCAGGGCUCUGCUCAAAGAAACUGGCCAUGUGAAAUGAGGUCCUACAUGUUUGUGAGAUUUUGAGGAAAGCAGCUCGGUGCAUUGCCAUUCCUAUCUAUGGCUCCCUCUAAGACUUGUUUAGGGCCUUACCUGAAGUUACUAGUCAUGUGAAAUGAGGUCCGAUACGUUUGUGAGAUUUCGAGGAAAGCAACUCAGUGCAUUGUCGUUCCUAUUGCUCCUCCCAAGACUUGCUCAGUGCCUUGCCUAAAGAAACUGGUUUUUUGAAAUGAGGUCUGACAGCCUAUGAUGUAUCUUGAGGAAAGCAGCUGUGUGCGAUUGAAAGAGGUGGGGAUCAACUAGUGUCAGAGGUAUAAGUAGAGUGAAAAAAGACUGCAAAAUUUGGUGACUUUCUUAGCUUUAGUGUCCUGGAAACGAAAUUAUUUUUUUUCUCCCCUUUUGAUCACUGCUCAGUAAAAUGUAAAAUCCACUCAGAAUUGUUGUUUUAAGUGGAAAUAAAAGGUGCUGACACCCCCCUCCCACCAAAUUGGACAAAAACUGCCGAACUGGCGGAAAAAUGUUUUCUUUAAUUUUAUUAUUUUGGUGACACCUCAUUUCACCACAAUACCACUCAUAUAAUUUUGGGAUGUAAAAAAAUGUUCCUUUCUUUAAUUAAUUUCAUUAUUUUGAUGAGUGCCUUUUCUUCACCACAUUGCCAUACAUACAAUUCUGGGAUAUUUCAAAUCAAAGACUUGUUAUCAGUGUUUUACUUUGUUGACCCAAAUUCAUCUAACAACCAAUUUUAAGAUGCUGUCAGAUAUAAAGUUGGCUUAUUUUAGAUCUAAGGACUGUCAUGAGUGUUCUGCUUUGUUGACAGAUGUUCAAUCUGAAAAUAACAACUUUCCUCUAUUCUUGAACGACUUCAAUAAAAAUAAAAUUACUGGAACAAGAUCCUUUUGAAUUU